AACAAUUCUCAGUUGUUUAAACUACUCCCUCCAAAUUCAAAAUCCCACAAGAGAGCUUCAAAUCGGUCAAACCAAACCAAAAAAAAAAAAUGCAGCAGAGGUCAACGAAGAGAAUCCGACCCGACGGAAUUCCUCCUCCUCAGCUCACCGACCAUCCUCAUCUUCUCCAUCCCAUUUCCUCCUCUUCCGCCGGUCAUCUUCCACCGCCGCCCCCCCAGCCGCCACAAUCGAAGAUGAUCUCCACCGAGCAGGAACUUUCAGUUAUGGUAGCUGCUUUGAAGAAUGUUAUCUCCGGCGCCGGAAGUACUCCCAUCACCACCACCGCCACCCCCACCGCCACCGCGGUUUUGGAUGCCAUUUCAGCCCACGAGCUUAGAUUGUUCCCUCAAUUCGAAUCUGCCUGCACCCCCUCUUACGCCACCGUGCCGUCCAUGACUAGUUUUUCUUUCUCUAAUAUUGUUUCCGAUCAGAAUCAUUAUCAGCAGCAGCAGCAGCCGAUUAUGGCGGCGGCGGCGGUGGGAAUGGAGACUUGCCGGGUUUGCGGGUACAAUGGAUGUCUGGGCUGCGAUUAUUUUACUUCCUCUGCUCCUGUUUCAACUACAAUUGUCAACCCAGAUGAAAAUACGAAGAAAAAUAGUGGUGGAAAGAUCAGGAAGAAGAAGAAGAAUUACAGGGGAGUUAGACAGAGGCCAUGGGGAAAAUGGGCGGCGGAGAUUCGGGACCCGAGAAAAGCGGCCCGGGUCUGGCUCGGAACAUUCGAGACGGCGGAGGAUGCGGCUCGGGCUUAUGAUCGAGCCGCCAUUGAAUUCAGAGGGCCAAGAGCUAAGCUCAAUUUCUCGUUUUCUGAUUAUACAUUGACCCAACAACAACACCAAGAACAGAGUACUUCAGCUUCAUCUUCGCCUCAAAUUCCCCAGCAUCAACAGCAAAUUAAUAAUAUCAAUGAUCAUAAUCACAAAUGGCAGAGUUUCCCGCCGGAAAUUAAACCCGGUAACCACGAAUCGGGCGGCGGAAGUUCGGGAUUCAUGGACAUCGGAACAACCACCGGAAUGGAAUUCUUGGAAGCGUUUGGAGAAACAGAGCUUCAAGAGUGGAUGAUGAUGAUGGAUUUCAACGGCGAUUCGUCUUCUUCUGGCGGGAGCGGGAAUACCCUUAGCUUUUAAAUUAGUUUUAACCCCUUUUUUUGGUCGGGAAAAUCAAUAAGUUUCACUCAAUUUCUUUUUUUUUUUUUUUAACAGAGCUGCGUUAAUUCAUCAAAUUUUAGAGCGGCUCUGUUUUCUUCAUUUUCGUCCUUGUCUUUUUUAACAGAUUAGGUACUGUUACAAAGGGAAUGAGUUUUAUGUAGUCAAUUACUACGUAAAACUAUAUCCUCCUUGUUCAUGAAACCUAUGGAACGUAGCAUACAACGUUGUAAAAAAAUGUAUUGAUUUUAAUAAAAGAUUUUGCUUCUAUUAGGGGAGCUGUAUUUUGCAUAAUUCUCUUAUUGGCUCUUUGGAUAACGUUCAAAUUGAAACCGAAUGACGUGGAAGUAUUGGAAGUGGGUUAGGUGCAAACCGAUGAUUUUGGAUUCACGGUGAAGAAAUUAGGACUGUUGGCCGAUUUCAGGACAGUGGUAUAUGACAUAAAAGAAUUAUUACUAUAAUUUGAUGAAUAAAUAAAUAGAUUGUACAGUUGGUAGUAUAUGGUUGAUUAUGAUUAAAAAUUGAGUUCCAUCAUCACUUUUUUCACGAAAUGUUGAUAUUAUAAUUGAGAAUUUAGUUAUAUUCAUACUCUCUCCGUUCCUUAUUAUAAGGUAUUUUGAUUUCGUCCUAGAUUUAACCUAGAAUGUCUUUUUAAUUGUAAAAAAAAAAACCUUAAAAAUAUAUUUUCACAUUCCUUGUGUUCUCCUAAUUAUUAUAAAAUGUUUUUAAGGAUUUU